GAGACCACAGAAAGUACAGUCCUACUUCUAGAAGAUACGAACUUUACUGCAAGGAAGCAUAUUUCCUGCUUCUGCCAAUGACACGCCAUUACCAACGUCAUCAGAACCUUGAAAUUCCACAAUUCUAAACUCGUACUCCUAUAUAAUAUCUUCAAUUUGAAUUCUCCAUUUCAUCAUACACUUACAAAGCUAUCUUCAAUUUUUAAUUCUAAUUAUUUAUUCUUGUACUUUUUUAAGGUGUUCGUGUUGUCUACAUUGAAUUUACACAAAGGGUUUGUUUACUUAUUCUAAUUCACCAUUUUUGAAAUUCUUUUCUAUACCUACAAUACAAGUUUUCUUUCAAGGUUCUGUACUUUUUCUGUUUUAUUUGUGUGGGGAUCAUAAUUUUUUUGCAAAUAAGGAGUUGGGUUGAUUCGAAAAUGGCGGAAAAGGAACCCAAAAAUGUGGUGGUUGUUGGAGGAGGGAUUGCUGGUGCUCUUCUUGCUAAGCAUCUUCAAAAUCAUGCCCAUCUUACUCUUAUAGAUCCAAAGCAGUAUUUUGAGAUCACAUGGGCUUCAUUGAGAUCAAUGGUGGAUCUACCCUUUGCUGAAAAGUCCUUAAUAAACUACAGUGAAUUUCUCCCCCAAGUGAAAUUGAUUACUUCUUAUGCCACACAUAUUUCGGAGAGUGAAGUCAUAACCGCGCUUGGUGGUCAUGUUCCAUACGACUACCUUGUCAUUGCCACAGGUCAUGUAUAUCCUAGUCCUGUUACCAGAAGUGAAGGUCUUUUUAAGUACCAAGAAGCAUUUGACAAGAUAAAAUCUUCAAGUUCAAUAUUGAUCAUUGGAGGUGGUCCGACUGGCGUAGAGCUUGCUGGUGAAAUUGUUCACGACUUUCCCGAAAAGAAAAUUACUCUGGUACACCGUGGAUCUAGAUUGCUGCAAUUUAUCGGGCCUAAGGCAUCACAGAAGUCUUUGGAGUGGUUGACAUCGAAGAAAGUUGAAGUGAUCCUCGAUCAGUCUGUCGAUUUGACAGCAACUACAGAAGGUGUUUAUCGAACUUCUGGUGGAGAGACUAUUAUGGCAGAUCACUACUUCGUGUGCACUGGGACUCCGUUAGGUUCCUCAUGGCUUAAAGAUACAAUACUAACCAACAAUUUGGACAUCCAAGGAAGAUUAGCUGUUGACAAGCACUUAAGGGUUGAGGGUCAUAAAAACAUCUUUGCUCUUGGAGAUAUUACUAAUGUUCCUGAACUAAAACAAGGCUAUUUGGCGAUGAAGCAUGCUGACGUAACUGCAAAGAAUUUGAGGUUGCUGCUCGGAGGAGGGAGUGAGGAGAAAAUGGGAGUUUACAAAGCGGGACGAGCAACAGCAAUUGUUUCACUUGGAAAGAAAGAUGCUGUGGCAGAAAUCAAUGGUUUUACAAUGAGUGGAUGUUUUCCUGGAUUCAUUAAGUCUAGAGAUUUGUUUGUGGGUAGGACAAGGAAGACAUAUGGUCUUAAGCCUUAAGAUCCAAUUAGAAAAUAUUCUGUAUAUUCAACUUCGUUACCCCAAAGCCAUUAGUGGGUCCCGAUUAGGCGUGAAUCAGGGGUUGUAUGUGCGCACUCUUACAUUUAUCAUAAAGUGUCCUGUAUGAAUGAUAUAUUAGUUGGAAUAAAAGUUUUUUUAGUGAAUGCUAUCCUAGUUUCAUUUAUAAUUUAUAGUUGUUUUUUUUGUAAAAAGUGCAAUUUUUUUGAUGGAAGGGGACUCUAAUUUGAGUUUCACACUUUGUUCAUUAGUACUUGAAAUCAUAUGGAUAAUCUUUAUCUUAAUAUGUGCUUUUAUGUGUCUCUUCGG